AUGCCCGUCGCCGUCCCACCCGCAUCGACGUCGCAGGCCAACAUCUGGGUCGCCGCCGGCGAGGGCGACCUGGCGCGCGUGCAGGCGCUCGUCGAGGGCGGCCUCUCGCCGACGGUGGCCGACAGCAACACAUACACGCCCGUGCAUGCCGCCGCCUCGUACGGCCAGCACGCCGUCCUCCGCUACCUGCUCAGCCACGCCUCGGCGCCCGCCGACGCUGCCAACGUGCGCGACUCGGACGGCGACACGCCGCUCUUUGUCGUCGAGGACAUCCCCUCGGCCAUGCUGCUGCUGCAGCUCGGCGCCGACGCCAAGCUGACAAACGAGGCCGGCGAGACGGCGGCUGAGACGGCCGAGGAGAAUGGCCACGAGGACCUGGCGGCGUACCUGCGCAGCCUCACCGGCGAGAAGCCGCUGUACGACCGCAGCGGCGCCGCUGCAGCUGAGGAAGAGGCGGAAGGCGCAGCAGAAGGCGCCUCGGGCCUCUCCGCCGAGGCCGAGGCGGCUGCCGAUGCGCGCGCCGACGAGCUCAUGGCGCAGGUCGAGGCGCUGCUCGCCGCCGCAGCGCUGCGCACGGGCGGCGGCACCGACGGCGAGGAGCUCGAGCUGACGCAGGACGAGGAGCAGCGGCUGCGCGACCUCGUCGGCGAGAGCGUGCUGCAGCAGAUCCGCGAGGGCUGGGUCGGCGCCGAGCAGGCAGAGGCAGACGGUGCAGGCGAGGCGGUGCAGGCGAGUGGUGCGGCAGAAACAGCUGAGGCGGCAAAGGCAGAGGACAUGGACGCUGCGUCAAGGAAGCCGGACGGGCCAGAGAGCAGUCGCGUCGCCGACGAGGCAUGA